AUGGCCACCACUACCAGCAGUACCGCAGCCACAAUAGGCAGUCCAGUUAUUAUCGAUAGACCCGUGAAUGGUGGUCAUCAUCAGUCAGCACUCAACGGUGUCUAUGGUGGCCGGACUCCAGUGUUGUCCCAUUUAGCAGCAACAGCAGCCACAACAGCACCGGUAUCAUCCAAUACAGGACCGGCACCGGUUCAGGCAUACGUACUAAGACUACCCGACCAUCAGCGAGAACUGCAUCGAUUUAUUUAUGAACUUUUUGACAGUGAUGUGCACACGGAUGUGACCAUCAGUCUCGACGACGGCCAGUAUAUCAAAGCCCAUAAAUUAGUUUUGUCGGCCUUUUCCAGCUAUUUUCGCGAUGUAUUGGCCCGCAUACAGAACCCGAGCCAAUACCCGGUUAUUGUGGUCAAGGAUAUGCACUAUGAAGAUCUCCGGUCGCUCAUCGAGUUUAUCUACAGGGGUUGCAUAACUGUUCCCAAUCAUCGAUUGCCUCAAGUACUCAAAUGUGCCAAAGAGUUAAAGAUUAGAGGACUUUAUGAAAGUAAUGAGGAAAAUAGCGAUGAAAAUCACAGCAAAUAUAGCAAUAGUUUUGCAACAAAUUGCCGAAACAAUGUCCAACAAACUGUGGACAACAACAACACCACAGCCGUCGCCACCACUAGACAUAAGUUGAAACACCAGAUAAAAGAUCAUCAUUUAGUAGACGACCAGAAAAUCGGUGUCAAUAAUAAUAAUAUAAAUAUCAAUAUAAGUAAUAAUAAUAGUAAUAGUAAUAAAAGUCAACAAAAUGAUAUAAUCUGGUUGUCCGAUAGAAACGGUAGCAACGAAACCAGUCCUGCCGUCACCAACAAUCAUAAACCAGAAUUUACUAACGAAUGGCCAAAAAAGUCCGUAUGGAUACCGAGUCCGCCGAAAUUUUCGCCGCCAACACCACCGGCACUGACAUCACUUCAACAGCGAAUAGCUUUGGACUUAAGCAAACCAUUUGACCUGAACUUGAAUAACCGGGCCCACCAUCAUAACCACCAGCUGUCCUCCGACCUAUUGAACCACCGAAACACACUUCAUAUGGCUGGUGGUGGGCGAUACCCACUGUUUCCGCACAUACAUCAUCCGAGUCUAUUCCGGUCGACAUCUAUAGACGAAAGUCAGCUCAACCGUAAUAAGCUAGCAAUGAAUGGCUACAAUAUAGCCGACGAUUUUCUGGUCGGUGACCAUCUCCGAAAACGRGCACCAUCUUCACUUGAUGGACAUUUGGAUGAUACUAACAGCAAYAGCAAUGACCUGAUUAGUGAUUACCGAAAAGAAAAGAAACGAUCGUUGAAUAUAUAUCACGCGGCAAAGUAUCGGAACCGUAAAAAACAACAAUUGGAGACAUUGUUUACCGAAGAAACCGAACUAAAGAAUAGUAACAAUUUGGCUAAAAUGCAAAUCGACAAACUCGAGUCCACUAUAUUGUCACUAAUAUGGCAACAGACAAAAAAAUCGGUCAACGAUUCCCAGCAAACACUGUUCCGAUGUCCUGUUUGUGGUAAUGUCCAAACAGAAGUACAGAAAUUGCGAUCACAUAUCAAUAUGUUGCACAACGACACCGAAGCUCUCAUGAAGUUUCUGAUGCUUCAGAAGUCGCCAUCGUUUACCAAUAGUACCCCACCUUCUGCUUCAGCUUCAACAACAACAACAAAACAUACCGUUCCCACCAAUACCCGUAUGCCUACACCUAUCGUUACUACUACUACUCAUACUAUUACUACUACUACAAACUCUAACAUUAUCACCUCAUCGACUGCCAGUGCGAUUGUUGCCAAUCCAUCCAUCAUCAGUAGUCAUACAAACAUCGUUGGACCAGUGAUACCAAUGAUGCCGACUGGCUAUCCAACUAAUGUUAUAGCUUUGCCAUUCAAUGCCAGUUAUAAGUAAAAUAUUAAUAUAAAUAUUUUAUUAAAAAAG